CACGAGUAAUCCGGCGACAUUCCACAGCGUCAGUGUCAAGUGAAACCAACAAUAGCUGUUCCGUUCCCUGUCGCUGCACGGAAGUCUAUCUGAGUUUCAGAUGACUCUUUUGUGCGAACUCUUCUGUGAUGGCGAACGAUGAAAGAUUGAUCUAAGCUGACAAGUGUCUGCGAUCUCGUGUGAAACCAGCGCAGCUGUCACACACCUGGACGGAUCUGAAGAGGAUGGCGCGAAAGAUUGGUCACCGGAGGCAGGGGAGUAUUGAGCUUUUAGAAAGCAUCGGUGUGGUGAAUGAGAACGGCUGUGAAAACCCAUCUGUGCCGCCAGUGCAAACUCCUCUGACGUUCGAUUAUGUUCUGGUGGCAAAGACCUCAGACGAUGAGAACAGCCAGUUGAUCAGAAAACAGAGAGCAUUCAUUAAAACUUUAGAGAAGAAAUUAGAUGUAUAUAAUUUCAGAAAUGAUGAUGAUGACAAGGUGUUUUAUUGCAUCAGAGCGCCAGAAAAGAUUUUUGAGACGUACCGGUAUCUCCUGAAGGUGUCUGACGCCUGUAACUGGAGCUGUGAGCAGCAGGGGACUAUACCUCAGUCAACCAGGAUUCGUAUCGUUGAUUUCAUUCUGCAUCACACACACAUUGAUUCAGAGGAGGGUGUUUCCGAAUAUCUGCCAGAUCUCAUGAAAAAAAAUGUUUUUGAGACUCACUUUUGUUUACACGAGAAAAAGGAGCAGAAAGACCUGAAGCAGAGCUGGGCUCGAUGGUCUGCUUGUUUCAGAGGGCAACCCAUCACUAACGUCAGAAACUACCUUGGUGAGAAGGUGGCUCUGUAUUUCCUGUGGCUGGGUUGGUACACAUUUCUCUUGAUUCCUGCUUCUCUUAUUGGUGUGGUAGUCUUCCUGUAUGGCCUGGCCUUUUACAACACAAGUCCUCUCAUAAAAGAGGUGUGCCAGUCCAACGUAAUUAUGUGCCCUCUGUGCGAUAAUACAUGCAGAGUUUGGGAGCUUUCUGACACCUGCAUGUAUGCAAAGGUGAGCCUUCUGUUUGAUAAUGAGGGAACAGUAGCUUUCGCCAUGUUCAUGGCAGUGUGGGCCACUGUGUUUCUGGAGUUCUGGAAGCGCCACAGAUCAUCGUACGUGUGCGCAUGGAAGGUCUUUGACUGGUGUGAAGAAGAGGAGGAGCUGAUUCUGGAGAUUGUAAAUAAUGCACAGUGUGAACCCAAGAUGCCCAGGCACUCUUAUCUGCGCUCCACUAUAGUACUGGUUUUAGUCACACUCAUGUUGCUGGUCAUCAUCGGUCUGACUCAUGUCCUGGUUGUGAGUCGAGUGAUCGCUACUGUGCUGCUGGCCGAAAACAGUAGAUGGCAGGUCAUUACUGAGAAUUCACAAACAGUUGCUGUGAUGCUCGGAGCCGUGCUUCACUACAUCACCAUCACCGUCAUGACUCGGGUCAACUGUACAGUGGCCAUGAAGCUGAGUGAAAUAGAGAAUAAGCACUCCAAUGCUGCGGUUGAAAGGAGUUUCACAGUCAAGAUGUUCAUAUUCCAGUUCUUUACCAUGUUCUCCUCUCUCAUAUACACAGCUUUCUUUCUGGGAAGGAUCAAUGGUCACCCUGGAGGAUAUGUGAGGAUAUCUGGGAAAUGGAGGCUGGAGGAGUGUCACCCAAGUGGCUGUCUCACAGAUUUGUUCAUUCAGAUGUCUAUAAUCAUGGUACUUAAACAGACCUUCAACAAUAUCUUUGAAUAUUCUGGUCCCUGGUUUAGUCGGUGGUUGAAGAGGAAGAAGGCCCAGAAGUUUAGGAGAAGGUGUGCCAAAUGCUUUAAGAAGGAGGAAGGAUCCGAACUCUGUGAGAUCUGCAAAAUCGAAGACCUGCACAGAAACUACAGCCUGAUUAAAACGGAUUGCUUCAGCCUCUUUAAUGAGUUCUUGGAAAUGGUGAUCCAGUUCAGUUUUACUACCAUCUUUGUAGCAGCAUUUCCUUUGGCUCCUUUAUUGGCUCUUCUAAACAACAUCAUUGAGAUCCGAUUGGAUGCCAUUAAGAUGGUCAGCCUUGAGCGCAGACUAGUGCCAACGAAGGCCAAUGAUAUUGGUGUCUGGACAGAUGUGCUUGAGGCGAUUGGUGUGCUUGCAGUCAUUGCUAAUGGACUGGUCAUUGGUAUAUCCUCUGAUUUCAUUCCUCGACUGGUUUUCCAGUACUUCUAUGGGCCUUGUGCCAGCGGCGGUGCUACUGGCAUCGAUUGUAUGGUUGGAUACAUAAACAACACUCUGUCCAUUGCCAAUAUAAGUGAUGAGAGAGUCAGGAAAGAUUUCACUCCUGGUCAAAUGGUCACUUACAGUGGGAUCAGUGUGACGCACUGCAGCUACAGAGACUACAGAAGUCCUGAAGACUUUAGUUUAACUAAUCAGUAUUGGGUCAUUCUGGCAGCGCGAUUAGUCUUCAUCAUCGUGUUUGAGCAUGUAGUGGUGAUCUGUAAGUGUGUAGCGAGCUGGUUUGUCCCUACCUCACCCCUGGAUGUGAGAAAUGAAAGACUGUAUGAUAAACUCAGGAGACUUAAGGAAGAAUUGAGAGUUCAAAGAGCACAACAGGACCCUUUGACCAAACUAAACGAGAAUGGAAAUGCAAAAAGAACAUCUAAACUGAAAAAAGCAAAUAAGCUAAAUAGUAUGUGAGCGAAACUAGCUAAAACUAGAUGCCUCCUCGUAAAACUCUUAUGACUUCAAUCUAGAAGCCUCUGAAUUUCGACUGUUGCUAGUCACCUUUUUUUAAUAAUGUUUUAGAUUUUUUUUAUUAAUUAUGUAUUGCAUCUCACAGUUUGUGAAUAAAUGACUGCUUGAUUAAUCGUA